UUUACCGCUUAAAAAGAUGUCACUAUUAGAAGAUCUAUUUGGAGAAGAUGAUUUACUUGGAGAUCCCGGAGAUUUAGAAACAAUUGAAGAAAAUGCAGAUGAAAAUAUUGAAGCAAAUAAUGAUGAUGAAAAUACCGAACAACAAACUGGAACUAAAGUCGAGGUUAAAAAGCGUAUUGUCAGAAAUCCACAACCCAAAUUAAAUGCGGAUCGUUUACGUGGACCAAGAGGUAUAGCGGUCUUGGAAUCAGUGUUUCAAAAUGUAAAAUUUAAAGGAAAAGGUCAUGAAAAAGAAGACUUAAAAAAAGUGAUGUGGAAAUUAGAACAUUGGUGUCAUAGAUUGUAUCCAAAGUUUCAAUUUGAUGAUUGUUUAGAACGAAUUGAAAAACUAGGUUCUAAGAAGGUAGUACAAACAUAUGUAAAGAAAAUUCGCAUGGGUAUAGUUGAUGUAGAAGAUGAUACACCAGUUGGCCAAGGACAAGAAGAUGACGCCGAAGUUCUUCCACCUGCAGAUGAAUUUGAUCAACUUCUAGAUCAGCAAAUCAAUGAGAUAAAUGUUCCAGUUGUUUCACAAAUCUCUCAGACUCCAUUAAUAAUAACAAAAGAGAUGCAGGAGCGUAUGGAAAGAAAUCGACAACUUGCUCAACAGAAACUCUUAGCAAAGCGAUUAGCUGAAGAACAACAAUUAAAGGAUUAUGAGGCUACGUUGGAUGUUAUCGAACAAGAAAAUUUAAAUCCUAAUACAAAUCAAGAAAGUUCUUCAAACACAGAAACAAUUAUGGAAUCGACUACAAAUUACAAUAACGAUAGUCAAAUUAUCGAAUUAAGUGAUGAACAAAAAGAAAGAAUAGAAAGAAAUCGUCAACUUGCACUUCAAAAACGAUUAGAGAGAAUGAAAAAAUUGGAAGAGCAAAAGUUAAUUGAAAAUAGUCAAAAUUCAACUGUGAAUCUUGAUAGUUAGAAAGUAUUUUUUUAACUCCCGAACCAAUAAAAGGGUCUGUCUGUUUGUGUGUAUGUUUGUGGUAUCGUAG